UUCGAAUUUUUCACUUCCUUGUUUUGUGGCGAGUCGUUGAACUUCCGGUUUUACUUCCUGAGAGGAAAGUCAUAAGGUUUUUACACAUAUCUUGUAGUGUCAAUUUAGGAAAGUUUUGUGUUAAUUUCUGAAGUUCCCUACCGUCAGCCAAAUGAAUAAAGAAAAAUGACAACGAACAAAGAUUAUGACAUAACAUACAAGGUUUUAGUUGUGGGUGAAAUGACUGUCGGUAAAACGUCUUUGAUUCGUCGUUACUCUACACCAAAUGACCUUGUGGUUAUGUCGUACAUGACAACUGUUGGUAUUGAUUUUGUGAAUGUUCCUAUAAUGGUUGACAAUGUUCGUGUUCGGCUUCAAAUAUGGGACACUGCUGGACAAGAACGAUUUAGGACAUUUACAAAAAUGCAUUUUAGAGGAACAAAGGGUCUCAUUUUAAUGUAUGAUCUCACUAAUUUGGACACAUUUGAAAAACUGAGUAAUUGGCUUCAAGAUAUUAAACAGCAUGGUUUGGAGAAUGAGCAGUUAAUAAUUGUUGGAAAUAAAAGUGAUUUAAAAAACGAAAGACAAGUUUCAAAAGAAAGAGGUGAAAAGCUUGCAUAUGAGUUUGGUCACAAAUUCUUCGAGACUAGUGCUAAAGAUAACUUGAAUAUUAAAGAGGUUUUUCAAGCCCUAUCCAAUGACAUGAAGGAUGCAAACAACCCUUACUUUGUUCCGACAGUUCCUGAUCCACGAUUCGACUCCAUUGGAAUUGCAAAUAUUGAUGUUGUAGAUUCCAAAGUAAAUAAUGGUAAAUUGUAUGUGAUGGAUGAAGAGAAAUCUGCUUCUUCUCUCUCCUGCUGUCAACUUCUUUAACCAUGAACAACUAGUUUUUAUCUAUCCGAGAAUAUUUUAUGCAGUAUACAUGUUAGAGACAUAGCUUACUUUAACCCAGGGCAGUUAUCUGAAAUGACAUAACAUUUUGAUAAUGUGAACUGUAAUACUUGCCAACAAUAAUUGAAUCAUAUAUUGUUUUGGCUUUUCAUGCUUAUGUCUAAUUUUAGCAUAAUUAACAGUCGGCCAAUUUACAUUUCUGCAUUAAAUAUUGGCAAUAGUUAUUCUAAAAUUUUUAAGAAUUUUUCUAUAAAUUACUUGAAUAUUUUGUAUAAAUUAAAUUGGAUUGAUCAUAUCCAUUGGAUUGAUCAUAUGUCCAUGCAUGUUA